UGGACCCACCAGAAGGUGUCACAUCAGGAAUAGCCAUGGAGCCUGUUACGCGUGCCUCGGUAUCCGUGCUGGUUUUUAUGUCUACGUUGGCUUUGCUUACGUCUGCAAUGCCACCCAAUAGCGAAUACAUGAAGUCUUACAGGAAGUCCAAUAUCGCAAAGCGACAAGAUCUGUCGCAAAUCAGUUCCGAAAUAUCGGAGAUUAAAACUGAUGUGGAGGAACUGAAGGCACAACAGCAGCAAUUCGAGAUGGCAUUGGACAGCCUAAAUGAGACCAUUGUUGACCUUGUAAAUAAGGCUAGUCAGAAAGGUAUAAGACUGGUAGACGGUGGUUCCGCGUAUGAGGGGCGCGUAGAAGUGUUCCACGACGGUCAAUGGGGUACAGUUUGUGAUGACAGUUGGGACAAUAAUGAUGCUGAAGUCGUGUGCCGUCAACUGGGGUACAGUGGUGGAGAUGCAAGAUCCAAUGCAUAUUUCGGACGUGGAAGCGAACCUACGUGGAUGGACGACGUUAGGUGUGACGGAUCUGAGAGUCGUCUUCAGGCCUGUAGGUUCAGUGGCUGGCGGAUUGAGAACUGUAACCAUGGGGAGGACGCUGGGGUUGUGUGUGUUGAUCCCUCCAUGCCUACUACUGAGCCAACAACAACGGCGACACCCCCAGCCAAUCUCCGCCUCGUUGGUGGUCCCUCUGUAUCCUCCGGACGACUGGAGGUAUACCACGACGGUAUAUGGGGUACAGUGUGUGAUGAUUCAUUUGACGUCCUAGACCUUCGUGUAGCUUGUCGACAGUUAGGGUUCAAUCACACUGGAAGACAAAGAAUUCAAAAAUUUAGCAUAGGAUCAGGACGAAUAUGGAUGGACAAUUUAGAGUGUGUUGGAGGAGAGUCAGCCCUCUCGGACUGCACAUUUAACGGCUGGGGCAAUGAGAACUGUGGACACAGUGAGGACAUAGGCAUAAUAUGUGACGACGAAGAAUCCACUGCCGCACCACCAGGAAACCAUAGUGAUAAGAUACGCCUUGUCGGGGGUAACACACAGUUCGAGGGGCGGGUCGAGGUCUUCCUCAACGGAAGGUGGGGCACGGUCUGUGAUGACUUAUGGACAUACGCCACUGCCAUGGUCGCCUGUCGACAGCUGGGAUUUAGAGGAGGAGAGGUUCAUCGCGAGGCUUACUUUGGACAAGGUACCGGAACUAUACAGCUGGACGAUGUUCAAUGUCACGGUGACGAGUUCAAUCUACUGCAAUGUACCUACUUGGAAACACCACGUGGGAACUGCAACCACAUGGAGGAUGUAGGCGUCACGUGUGAGCCACCCGAAGGGACACCUAUAAAUACAACAGAAAUUGUGACACCACCUAUAGUCUCUACAACUAGUGAAGGGUCCUUCUGUGACAUCAUGGACGCCAUGGCCUGUUUGGACUAUAUUACGAACAUUGAUAUGUCCAGUGUCAGCAGUCCUGAGGGUUUACAUCAUCUAUGCACGGAAGCAUAUCCACAGUUUAUGACCUGUAUUGACGCUCUGCCACAGGCCUGUCUGCCCAGCGCAGUACAACAUCAGAUGGAAAUGCAACAGCAAGCCAUAGACAACAUGUGUGCUAAUAUAGGUCCCGUGCCUCCCCCGACAACUGCUACACCUGGUGGCGAAGACGUAACAGCCAUGGGAACAUCUGGCAGUUGCGAUGUCCUUACAUUUAUGCCAUGUCUUGAAAUCGUGAUGCCAGACCAUACGGAAGCAGUGAAUGUUGCCAAAAUGUGCAGCUCCCAUCCCCAGUUUGUAGCCUGUUUAAAUAAUCUCCCAGCAUCCUGCAGUGACGACAGCACUUACAACCAGGCAGUUAUCCCUACCAAGGACAUGCUACAGUCCUUAUGUCAAUAGAUUGAAGGGCAGACCAAAAGAAACGAUGCUCCAGGAAAUCAACUUCUUAUGACUGACCAAUCACGUGAACCUGAAUACAAAUAGAUAACAUGCAGUAGAUGUUGCAAAAUCACUACUAUGUAUAAACCUUUUCCUCACACGAGGACUUUGUAUGUGCGUGCAGUAUCUCCAUGAUUGGACAUGAUGAAAUAAAUCAUAUUUUGUCAUGUUGUU